CAAUCAACACCGCUGUCAGCACGCUUGUCGGUCGUGGCAACGCUACAGACCUGCACGUAACACAAUUGUACCUUUCUGUACAGAGAACCUGCAAAUCUUGUUUUCGCAGCACAGAGAGACAGAACGUGGAUAGUUUCUGUUCACCAGCUUUGUUUUUAAAAGCUAUCAUCGUGUUUUAACGUAUGUAAAUCGCGUAAUUUUCUAAAAGGGGAAAGUUUUGCUCUGUCACCUGCUGUUUUUUUACACCUCAGUAUCAGACAGGACAUCAGUAUGGUGCAAUGGUUCGGCUUCGUGUUCGUACUGAUGGCUGUUACAUGUAAAACAGCAGAGGGGAAGAGAGAUGAAGUGCUUUACUGCUCAGCCUGCGUGGCGAUUGCUGAAGAGCUGAAAUACUCCAUCAGCCAAAUCGACCCGAAGAAGACCAUCGAUGUUGGAGGCUUCAGAUUGAAUCCUGAUGGAAGCCUCACUGAUAAAAAGGUUCCACUGGCUCGCUCUGAGACUCACCUGUCCGAGCUGUUGGAGGGAGUUUGUAAUAACAUGAGCGAGUACGCGCUGUACGAGGAUCCUGCCACUAAACAACAGAGCUACAGAAGAUUCGCACCGAGGAGCAGCGACGGCGGGAACUUUCCAGAUUUUAAAAAUUUUAAAUUCUCAGGACCUGAAGGUUCAGAAUCCUUAAAGUUUGCUUGUGAAACCAUCGUGGAGGAGCUGGAGGACGACAUCAUCGCUCUGUUUGCACAACAAGACGAGCGUGUGGCCCAGAGGUUAUGUAGUGAAGUGUCAGGCCACUGUAAAAGUGACGCGUUCCAGCACACUGAGCUGUGAUUCAACACUCUGACCAAACACUUCAAGGGCUCAGAGCCGGACCGGGUUCUAAGCAGAACCUCAACGAAGGACCAGCUUUCAGAAUGAACAAGCAGAGACCAAAGUGAUUUGUACGCCGUUGUAAAGUUGAGUUGUAAUAGUAUGCUCAUAAAGAAGAAUAAAAGUGUUUUAAACAGA